CUCCACCUCCACCCACCACCACCACCACCACCACCUCCACCGGCCUCCACCUCUUCCUCCUCCUUUGGCCCCAAAGCGUUUCCACCGUUAGAAGCAGCGAAAGUCGGCAGUGUGUCGGAGCCGCCGUCGUGCGAUGUUGGCGGCUGUUGUGGCGGCAAAAGAAGACGAGGAGCGGCCAUGAUGGAUCCCAGCGAGGCACAGAUGUCAGGUUUAUCGGAGGAGGGCGGCGCAGCCAGAUGCCCCCAGUCCAGUCCUGCUGGUGUGAAGCUGGAGGCGCUGAUGGAGCACAUCCAAAGACAACACGAAUCCAAGCAGGACAUGAACUUCCAAGAGAAACACCUCCUCCAAGCUCAGUUCCUCUUCGCCCAACACGCUGCAGGGGCCACGGCUAGAGCCCAGCCGGGCUUCAGGCCGGACUUUUUGGGCAGAGCGGACGGCCUCUCUCAACAGGCGGUUCAGCAGUCGUUGAACAAGCAUCCGACCAGAGCGGAUGGAGGGGAGGAGGAAGAUGAUGACGACGACGAUGAAGACUCAGAAGAAGAAGAGAUACCUGAGGAGGAAAGCGGCCCGGAAGCCAAGAGUUCCAGAGUCCAGCGGGGUCCAGGUCUCCCAUUCAAUGCUGCUUGUGCUGAGCCUCAGUCAGCAGCUGGAAAGUCCUCCUCAUCUCCUCCUGUGGCCAUAAAGCAGGAGCCGGAGGAGGAGAUGUUGUCUCCGGUGGGACUGCCUCCCUUCACACCAGCCAACGGUUUCACUGACUGGGCCCUUGAUGAGUCUUACAAACAAAAAGCUCCAGUCUGGGCCGAAGAGAGCGACGGAGGAAGAGGACGAGCGGAACCGUCAAGGGACUUUGCAAAGCUUUACGAACUGGACAGCGACCCCCAGCGGAAGCAGUUUCUGGACGAUCUGUUUGUCUUCAUGCAGAAACGAGGGACUCCGGUGAACCGCAUACCCAUCAUGGCCAAACAGGUGCUGGACCUCUACAAACUUUAUAAGCUGGUGACCGAGAAGGGAGGCCUGGUGGAGGUCAUCAACAAGAAGAUUUGGAGGGAGAUCACCAGAGGUCUCAACCUGCCCACAUCCAUAACCAGUGCAGCUUUUACUCUGCGCACACAGUAUAUGAAGUACCUGUACCCCUUUGAGUGUGAAAAGAGAGGUCUGAGCUCUCCAGGGGAGCUGCAGGCUGCAAUAGACAGUAAUCGCAGAGAAGGUCGGCGUCCCAGCUACACCAACAGCCUGUACCGCUACUCGCCAUCUCCAAACGCCGCUCAGCACGCACUCCUUUCCUCGCCCACCAUUCACACCCCCGUGUCUGGACGCAUGGCCUCCAGUCAGUCAGCCAGCCCGAUUUUAAAGAAGCACGCAAGUGAAAGCUCAACUCCCAUGAUGCCCAGCCGGCUUCCCAUGGCUGUAGCUCUGGGCCAGCAGCAGCAGCAGCAGCAGUUGGCUCAAGCUGCCACUCUGGAGCAUCUCCGAGAGAGGCUGGAGCGAGGUGCAGACGCUCCAGAGAAGAAGAUGAUGCGUCUGGCAGAGGAGCAGCAGCGCCUCAUGCAGCAGGCGCUCCAACAAAACCUGCUGGCCAUGGCCUCCCACCUCAACCCUGUCAACCUCAAACUCAACAAUGGUCAUGAGAGCAAACAGGAUUUGUCCCUGAGUAUCUCCACUAAUGGAGCAGCCAGUAUUAGUGUGUCGGUUCAAGUCAACGGCACCGUGUACUCUGGAACAUUGUUUGCUCAGAAGUCUGCAGCUCCGGUGGUGUCCCAGGCCGUGACUCCGGCAGGAACCAGUGGUUUCAGUGCCUUCUCCUCCUCACACAGCCCCUCCUCAUCCUCCUCCUCCACCUCCUCAAAGGGAGCUAAUUAAGUCUCAUCUUUCUCCCAUUCUCUCAUUGAGCUCUAUACUCUGUCAUAGUCCACAUGAACUGUGCGCUACACGUCUGCUUCUUUUCUCCUUACUUUGUUUAAAUUAAUAUAGUCAAGACAAUGGUGUGUGCGUGUGUGCGUGUGUGUGUGCGUGCGUGCGGACUUAGUGUAACGUGUUCAUCCUUGUUUGUGAGCUAAGCAUCCGUCAUGUUCUGCUAGUUGUCGCUGGUUUCUCAUGUGUGGAUUGAACAAUAGUGCUGCCAAAGUGAAUGAAGACCAAAAAAGCCUUAGCUCAAUGACUUAGUUGCCAUUAUGUAAACACUAUAUAUCAUUGCUUGCUGUGAGUGGAGUUUCCAUGGCGACAUGAAGGGAUUUUAUACACUCAGGUACCGCAGGACCUUUUGUAUUUAGAGGGAUUUUUUUGUUAGAAACAUUUAGUUUUCUUGUUUUUUUUUAUUUAAUUGAGUUCUGCCUUAAAUGCAUCAAAUCUUCGGUUCAACGGCACCGUGGUGAUGAGAUUGCCGUAUUUACCUCGUUUUGACUUGGAAAGUUUCUGAACUCAGGAAUGUCCGGCUGGACCCCGAACUUGUGUGACGUAUGUUUUGUAGGGGCCAGGAAUGUAUGCCGACUUACCUCACGUUGUGACUGUUGAACACACUGAACCAGUGCUACCUCAACCCUGGAGAGAAAUAUGCAAUCUGCUGAAUUGUACUGUAAGCGGACAAUCAAGGAAAAAUUGCAGGCAAAAUGUUACUGAGAACUAACAAGUGCAAAAGGCAAGACUCCGUUUUUGGGCUUUGGCUAUUGAAUUUGUUUGAUAUGGAAUAAAAAAAAAUCUUGUGUGCUGUCAAA